UGCAUGCGUGAAGAAGUUAACACGCAAAAAAGUUACGCAUAACUGCUCAGCGUAUCACGCGAAAGGGAAAAGGAUGCACAAGGAUGGAAUUUUACUUGGCGGAUAUUGUCCGCCGAGUUUACAAUCCUAUAUCGUGCAUCUCGUGAUAGAAGCAAUCAAAUCAACACGCAAGAAGCAACCCGAAAUUUGCGGAUUGAGACCACAAGAGAAGACAUACGCACCUUUAAAGCUCAUGCAGGCUGUCACGAACGAGGUAAACGAGAUCUGCAGGCGAUAUUUAGACAACAGCAGACUGGCACUUCUGCCGCCACCUUCGUCGACGCCGCACGUGACAGUGGGUGCCACUAGGAAUGCUAGGAGAAAAAUGGAGGACCGUCAUAUGGUCCUACAUGAUUUGCACACUAUUUUUAAUAUUCAGGACGACACGAUUGUGAAUUAUUACGCAGUGUUUGAUGGCCACGGCGGACAAGAUGCUGCGACGUAUUGCGCAACACAUCUGCACCAAUAUUUGGUCGAGAGUGUUUACUAUCCUACGGAUCCGGAAAGCGCGUUGCGCGACGCCUUCCUGACUACUGACGCGCAAUUCAUAGCAAAAUCGAGUACGCAGAAAUUAAACGGCGGAACUACCGUGGUAUGCGCAUUGCUGUUAAAUAAAAAGUUGUACAUCGCUUGGGUCGGCGACAGUAUGGCUUCCCUGGUCACGGGCGGUAACGUGAAACAAUUGGUGAACCCUCAUCGACCCUCACGAGAAGAUGAAAGCGAACGAAUUCGCAAUAUGGGAGGAGUCGUUGUUCAUUGUAUGGGGGUCCUGCGUGUAAACGGAUUCCUCAGCAUAUCUCGAGCCAUAGGCGAUGUCCCGUAUAAACCGUAUGUUAGCGGUGAGCCUGAGGUUCGAUGCGUGUCUCUGGACGGUACCGAGGAUUUUCUUAUAAUCGCUUGCGACGGAUUGUGGGACUACGUUGAUCAGAGGACCGCGGCGCUUCGCGUUUACCGGCAGGUGUUGCAGAAUCCACACGAUCUCAAGCACGUGCAUCAGGCGCUAUUGCAGAGCGCUAAACGCGCGGGAUCCUUGGACAAUAUCACUGUGAUCGUCGUGUUUCUGACACCGCCGAUCGAGAUCGCCUCGCGGCAUUCGCUCCUGACGCAUCAAGCACCGAAUGGUCUACUACUGAACAACAUGGACCCGAAUAAUCCGGUCUCGUCGAAUUCCGGCCAGUUCGAUGUGAAUGCUGCUUUCAUUAAGCAGCAGCAGCAGCAGUUGAUCGACGCGGAUCUGCAGCACGCUGAUUUUGAUUUAAAUCGCGUAGUCUGCGGGAUGGCCAGGAACGGCAAGCAUCAGGACAGUGAUGGCAACGAUGACGAUUACGAUUACGAUCUGGGUCCGGAGACCGACGUCGACGACGGCGAGGACGCGACCGACGUUAAUCGCUCCUUGGAGCCUUUUAUAACAUCGUCCUCGUCGCGCGAAUUCGCCCCCGAUAAGUCGCCGAUGGAAACCGAGGUCGACGACGAGGGCAAUAACAAGGAGAAGGAGGAGGAUCUACUUAACCGCGACAAUGCAAACUGUCCGGUGGACUCGGUGAUAAACGACGUGUCCGACAAUCGUGUUAUAUCGAGUGACGAGGACAUUCUUUGCGAUGAAAGGUCGCACGCCAACAAUGACGACGAUAACGACAACGAAGCUCGCGUGGAAUCUACUACUGGCACGCAUACCCUUGUGGACGAUGACAAGUCGCCACCCUCACCGCGAGAUGCUAACACUCCUCAGCAUGCACCGACUUCUGAACCGGAGAAUGUAGAGAGUGAUCAGGAUUCUGACGACGGGUGGAAUUAUUAUCGUAUCGAUUCGAAUAAGAAAGAAUCUGUGGCGACGGCUGUCACGGCUGCGACAGACAAAUCUGGUGAGGGCAUUGAGGAACAAAGACAAGAUCUCGAAACGGGUUCGAGAGGUGAUUCAGAAAUCCAGUCUUCAAAAGUCGAGGCCGAUAUUAAAUGUGAAGGAUCAGAAGAAAAUAUUACUCUUAAGCCUAUCAGCAUCGAUAUAAGCUAUCAGAAAGAUAGGCUGAGCGAAUCGGAGAAGAAUCACUUAGACGACAGCGAGAAGCAAGCAGACGACAAUAAAGAAGACAUGAGUUUCCCACUAAAUCCGGAGGCGGCCGAGUUCGUGCCGUUGUCGCCACCACCACUGAUUAGUAAAUUGCAGGAUUAUGCCAUCAGCGGCUCUCCCCUGAAACAGACGCCGAUGGAUGAUUUCUUGAUACCGAGCCAAAGCGAAUUUGAGAAAGAGGUGUCUCUCCGACCGAAAGAGAUAUAUGAGGACUUCUCGAGCGAUGAACAGCAUGCAGCGUGCGAUAACAAUUUGCCGGACAUGAACAUGUCUGAGAUAUCGUCGACCAAGGCCGAGGUGGAUGAUGAAUCGAUGGCGCGUAUCGUGUCCACCACAACGCAAUGGCAAAUGGAUAACUCCUCUCAGUGGAAUGCAACGACACAUAACGAUGCAGAAUCCGAUUCGGAGGGGUACGAAAUCGUCAACAUGGAUAAUGCUAUGACGAUUUCGUUCACACCGGGUGACUUCGAGGCGGCGUUCGAGAAAGGCGUCGAUCUAAAUGCCGUGCACGAUCUGAACGACAGUUCAGACGAUGCCGAACAUAUUAAUACGCCGCCGCGUUCACCCAGUGGGUCGUGCGUGAACGAGAGUGUACGUGCGGAUACACCCUUGGAGGAUAAAGCAACAAUCGAUCUUCUAUGCACAUCAUCGACACCGCAUCCCGCGGAUAAUCAAUCAACAUGUACUGCCACCUCCGAAUCGGACGAAGCAAAAGUGCUCUCGGUCUUCGAAGCGGAUGGUCUCACUCCUCUCCCGUACGAUCUUAGUCAGAUGGAAAUGUUAUCCUCUUCUGUUGAUCUAAUAGAUAAAUCCAAAUGCAUUUCCAAUGAAUCCAAAUUUACGAAUUCUGAUAAAUUCAAGCCUGCGAGUUCCGCGGAAGAAGAUAUCUCGAAGGAACUGUCGUUAAAAACAAAUGAAAAUCCAGAUGGUGAUCAGCAACCGAUAGAUCCAUCUAAAGAAAAUUAUAACGAAACAUUUGAAUUGCUAUCUACCGUACUCGAAAAUGUAAAAUUGACAAAGGAGAUUGAUAAAAUACAAAACGAAGGAGAACAAACGGGUUUGUAUGAAAAAGAUGAGAAAACACAAUCUAAACCAUUCGCUGAAACUAUGACAGAGAAAUCAAUCGAGUGUGCCCCGUCUAAGAUGGCAGAGAUAGACAAGGAGUUUCAAUCGACAACAGAGAAACUGAACGAGAUGGAUAUUACUGAUAAUAGCAAAACAGAACCUAAUGGAUCUUUUUCAGAGAACGUGGUAGAGCUGGUACGUUCUGACACAGAACCGGAAUAUCUGAAAUUAUCCGACACAGAACUGGAUUAUCGGGUUAUUAACCAGAGAGGAGGAUCACGAGAGCAGCCGAAUAUUGAUACUGAAACAGAAUUUUAUUUGGGAAAGUCUAAACCCCAGCCAUCUAACUGGACAGAUUUCUACAAAACAGAUUCUACAAAAUCGAUGCUGCUUGAAUAUGAUGAUCCUCCAUUCGAAUGUAAUAAAUCGUACAAGUUUACUACGGAACAUCAAGAGUCAUCAAAGACUCCCGAAAAGGACGAUAAAAACGAUAAAAAUGACAAAAAUGACAAAGAUGAUAAAAGCGAUGGUGAUGCCAAACUUGAUAAUACAGAUCUGUCUGAUUUGGAAACAGAUUUCACGAUUGUGGAGAAGCCAACGCAAUCCGAAAGUCAGACACAUAACCAAAACGCGCCGUCGUCUUGCACAUUGUUAAGCAAUACGCAAACCGAGCCAAAGCUAAUAGAAACAGAAGCUGCAUCUGCGAACGUCGAUGAGAUAUCUAAGAAACAGAUCGCAUCCGAAGAUAUUUCUACGAAUAAGGAAGAAGAGACCAAGUCGUGUCUUAGUCUUGCGGCUCGUCCUAAGCAACUUGUGGACGAAGGAGAACCAUCGAAGCAACCGGAUAUUGAUACUGAAACAGAAUUUUAUUUCGGAGAUUCUCAACCCCAGCCAUCUGACAGGACAGAUUUCUAUAAAACAGAUAAACCGACGCUGCUUGAAUUAGGUUCACAAUACGAAUAUAAUGAAUUCUACAGAUGUCUUACGGAACGUGAAGAGUCAUUAAAGACUCCCGAAAAGGACGAUAAAAACGAUAAAAGCGACGGUGAUGCCAAACCUGACAGUACAGAUCCGUCUGAUUUGGAGAAAGAUUUCACGAUUGUGGGGAAGCCAAUGCAAUCUGAAAGUCAGACACAUAAACAAAACGUGCAAUUGUCUUGCACAUCGUUAAGCAAUGCGCAAACCGAGCAAAAGCUAAUAGAAAUAGAAGCUGCAUCUGCGAACGUCGAUGAGGUAUUAGAGAAACAGAUCGCAUCCGAAAAUGUUCCUACGAACAAAGAAGAAGAGACCAAACCACAAGAAACCGCGAGAGCAUUGCCAGACCUUACAAAGAUAAUCGAUUUUGGUACAUAUACUAAAGCCGCUACAAUGGCUACCGCCGCUACAAUGGCUACCGCCGCUACAAUGACCACCGUAGGUACAACUAAGGCAAAGGCAACAACGACCGCGACGAAACGUCCAACGAAAACGACGACGACAACAACGAAGACGGCAACGAAAAUUACUCCGACAUCGCCGUCUAAAGCAGUCAGUACGACGACCGCGCGAGUAACCACAACAUCGUCACCAGUGCAACCGCCCCUCGCGAAGAAAUCCGUUGCGGCUCGUCCUAAACAGUUGGUAGACGGAUCGACCAAAGCUGCGGCGAUUUCAAGUGUUGGUGGCAGAAUCGCUGGCACUAAGACAAUGACAUCAUCUAAAAACGUGACAACAACAGCGACGAAGACCAGUAUCUCGCCGCGCGUUAGUACAAUAAAAUCGAGAACUAGCACUGCCUCGACGAGAUUGAGCACCACAACGUCAGCCGAGAAGAAAUCAGCGAUAAAUCUCGGUGAGACAAAACCCGUCAGUAAAGUCGCUGCCACCGCCGCUAAACCAGCAAGUGCGAAAACGACGACCACGAAGAUCACGCCAUCCGUUAAAUCAUUGCCGUCGACAACCGCGAUAACGUCCAACGUAACAUCGAAGCCAAGAUCUACGUCGGCCGGUACGACUGUUAAGAUGUCCAUGACGACGUCUAAACAGUCAACGACCGUUGCAUCGUCGAGACCCAAAACCGCGCCACCGGCUUCUAGCAGCGCGAACAAGCCGCGUGAAAAUUCUGCGAGAACGACCACAACCAAGUCACCGUUGAUUGAUAAGCAGAGCAAGGAAUCGGCUAACAAGGAAAUCUCUCGUUCUAGUGCCACUGGAACAUUGUCGUCAUCUAAAACCGGUAGUAAACCCUCCGCACCGCUCGUCGCCACUACGGCUGCGAAACGCUUAACGCUUGGGAAAUCACCCGGCAAAUCGCCUGGAAACACGAUUUCACCGAUAAAGAAGUCCGCUCUGACACCGAAAGCCGCAUCAAGGACUGCUUCUUCCAGCCCCGGGACAAAGAGCGCGCCCUUGAUUGAAUCGCAGAAAGUGUUGCAGAACGGAACUUCUGAGAACCGGAUGAUGGACGUGACCCGAGUCGCUGUCAUAACAGCAACGAGCGAUAAGCCUGAGGAUGACGUGCCACGGAAGGAUGCAUCACCGGUGAACGUGCCGACCGAUAAUCAGCUGAUAAUCACCGAUUGAAAUGGUUGAUCGAGAAGCCAGAAGUUGUCCGCCGUUGUUUGCGACAACGCAACGCCGGCCUAGGUUAUAGACAUAGAGUCGCAGAUUUACACGAACUGUUAUAGGUUUCUCCUUUUUUACAAUUUUUAUUUAACGGACAAAAACAACAGAGCUCCCGCGCGUCGUACUCGGGAGAGAAUAGUAUUUAGGAGAUAUAUAUGUCAAAUACAAAAAAAAAAAAAAAUUAUUGUUCUUAUGCGCAACACAUACGUGUGACGUGAGAUAUGUUUGAUCUAACAUGAGGCGAGCGAAAGGCAAGUAUUCUAAACAUUACUUUUGACAACUGCUGCCUUAUCAUAAUAAGAAUAUAUCGAUAAUCUCUUGUUAUGUAAAUAUAAUUCGGAUGCGUUUUCAUGCGUCAUUUUUUUUUUAACCGAUAUGUUCGCACCUGAGAUUGCCCUAGAGGAUGAUACUCCAGUAAUGAUCUGGAAACAGAUUUUCAAAUUCUGAUACGGCAGUAUGUUAAUCUUUGAACAUUUAACACGGAAACUUAAUAAAACAUAUAUGUGGGUUUUUUACCAUUUUUUAAUUUUAUAUGCGCAAAUGCAAUUAAUGAAUAUCAUUACUCGCUACACUUUUACUCGUAUGACAGAAGAAAAGAAAAAAAAAGGUAGUAAAGAAAACGUAUAUUUAUUCUUGUUUGUUCCUAUUUUUUGAAGUUGAAUUUGUUGCGAGAUUAUAUAUCUACUCGUAACCAUGAUAAUAUAACGUAUCUAAUCUAUGUACAGCACUUUUAUGAUUUAAAUGUGAUACCUUACAAUACCAUUAAAUAAAUUUGUAUAAUGCAGAAGUUUA